UUGCGCGACCCCGCAGUUCAUACAUCAUGCGGUCUGCACAACAUCAACAUCAACAUCAACUUUGACAUUAAACAACAUUUAUCACCGCUGAGAACAAUGGCCAACCCAUUUGGCGACGUUCCCUCGGGAGCCAAGAUCCCUCCCAAGCCUUUUCAGCUCAACAUCCCCCGUGAGAAACUCGAAGAGCUCAGCGUUCUCGUUUCAAUCUCCAAGGUAUCCCCGCCUACCUACGAGAACUCCCAAGAAGAUCGUAAGUAUGGAAUCACGCGAGACUGGCUCCUCCACGCGAGACAGGAUUGGAAGGACUUCGACUGGCGACCAACAGAGAAUCGUAUCAACAGCUUCCCGCAAUUCACCUACGAGAUAGAGGGCAUGACCAUCCAUUUUGUCGGACUCUUCUCUAAGAAAGCCGACGCGGUGCCCAUCGUCCUCCUUCACGGCUGGCCGGGAAGCUUCCUUGAAUUUCUACCCUUGUUGUCCCUCCUGAGGGACAAGUAUUCUCCGGAGGAGCUACCGUUCCAUGUCGUGGUACCCUCCCUUCCGGGCUUCACACUGUCCUCUGGCCCGCCACUCGAUAAAAACUUCACUGGGGGCGAUACGGCCAGGGUCGUCGAUCAGGUGAUGGUCAAUCUUGGGUUUGAGGGUGGGUAUGUGGCACAAGGGGGUGAUAUCGGGUCGAAGAUUGGUCGGAUUCUGGCGGUGGAUCAUGAUGCUUGUAAAGCGGUUCAUUUGAACGCCUGCUACAUGAACAAGCCCGACAACGUGGAGGAUUCGGCCAUUUCCGAACUUGAGAAACAGAACCUGGCUCGCGGAGAAUGGUUUUUCACCUACGGUCACGCCUACGCAAUCGAGCAUGGAACUCGGACCAGCACCAUCGGACAUGUUCUUUCGGCAAACCCGGUUGCCUUGCUUUCUUGGAUCGGAGAAAAGUUCCUCGACUGGCCCGACGAACCCCUGCCUGUGCACGAUAUCCUCGAAUCGGUGUCCUUGUACUGGCUCACAGAUACAUUCCCUCGGUGUAUUUACCACUACCGCGAGCAAGUCCCCUUGCCGAAGGUCCAACACGCUCAGGACCCGAGGUGGUACAUCAAGAAGCCCUUCGGAUUCUCGUACUUUCCAAAGGAGCUUGUGCCGAUACCGCGGGCCUGGGUUGAAACCACCGGGAACUUGGUUUUCUGGAACUCUCAUGAGAAGGGAGGACACUUCGCCGCCUUUGAACAACCAGCUGAACUCUUAGAAGACUUGGGCGCGUUUGUGGAGAAGGUGCGGGCUGAUAUCAAGUAAUCCUACAUCCUGUGCUGGGGGAUAGCAUAAGUGUUGCUCGAGCCUGUUCUAGGGCGCCAAUGCAUGACGCUGGAGUAUUGACAACUUGUACUCCGUGCA